AUGCAGUGCAACUUGGAGUUUUCAAGAGGUAACGGUGUAGCGGAAGCAAUUGGAAAUUGGGGAUUUUCUAAUAGAAUAUCAAGUGCUGGCAAUGAGCUUCAACGUAUAAAUUAUCUCUUUAACAAAAUGGAUUGCUUGAAAACGAGCAAGCCAAUAAUGUGCGUGAAAUACAAUUGUAUGUACGAUCCAGAAGCCUGGUACGUAAAACCUAGUCCUGAAAAAUGCAAGCCAAUUUGGACAUUUCCUAUGAAAAGACCACUUAUCACCUACAGUUCUACUUCUGAUGCAAUUUUAACUUCAAAUUUAAACAGCAUCGGAUCAGAUCUGCUAUACCCCAUUCCUGGACGAAGUUACGUGUUACAGGGUAUGGACAUUCCAAGACACCAUAGAAAUCAAGAAAAGAACUUGGACAUCGGGAAAAGUAAUAGAUAA